AUGUGGCGCGACCAGCCGAAUAUAUUGCGCGCGCGACACACUGGCAGCACUUUUUAUUUGCCCGGAGGGGGCACUAGCAGCGAGCAGGGUGGAUCCGUGCCACAGGAGCCGUGCGAGUACUCCCUCCCUAUAGUGAAUCCGCAUGACAUACGGGACUGCUUGAGCACCGCGGAGCGUGGUUCGUCUGACACGAAUGUAGUGGCGCUGCUUUCACGCUAUCGGGUUGAGAACGAGAGGCUUCGAGAUCAAUUGAAGGCGCAUGCCGUUCACGAGGCACUACUCGAGCAGCGUCUACACGAACUGAGCGCCAGAAACACCGCCCUUUAUUUGCAAGAGUUUCGCAAUAGGGAAAGCGAUUCUGCUCUGGACGCGCUGAGAAAACAGCUAGAGGAUCGCGAGCAUGAGGUGCGUGCUCUGCAGCGCCAAAUGGAGCAGCAAGCGGGACGCAUUGCUGCAUUUGAGGAAGUCGUUUCACGUCCUUCGCGGAACUCGGACGCGUCCCCGGCGACGCCUUCAUCGUCAUCCUUGUCGUCGUCGUCAUCGCGUCGCACACACGAGCUUUUGUGUCAGAUAUUAAGCAGUAUGGGGUUUUUAAGAAGUGUGUUUAGUGCAGUUAAGCAUUGCCGAACAGUACCGCAUGAGGAAUCAGGGUGCUCGCGCCCACUGCAAGAGUGCAUGGCACGUUGCCUGCAGGCUGCCCUGCGGGGUAACCAGGAGACGCUGGGGGAUAUGCUGGCCCGAGGGCACCAAGCGUCGUGUGAAGAGUUGGCCCUUGCCACUCGUGAGGAAGUGAUUUUUUGUGAGACCUCAGCGGUGCAAAUAGCGGCACAGCUACUUGCCGAGAGUACGUCUCCCGCGACCUUGGGGGCGGCACCCAAGACAACACCCUUACCGCCGUUAGAUGAUGACAGUGCAGGCGCAGCCGAGGAAGAAAGCGAGGGACGAGGGGAUAUGGGCGGUGAGAAGCGUGCUUCUCUCAUAGAACAGAAACCGCCGUCAGCAGAUCUGACGGCAUCCCGCGAGACACGAAAGCCAAAAGCACGGCCCACGGUUGACGACUGCGAGGUUCAGUGA